UGCUUUGUCUGAAGCAGCUUCUCUGUCAAAAGCCUGGCUUUUUGAAGAUGGAUGGGAAGAGAGAUUGUCAGACAAGAGGCACCAUUAAAUCCUGAAAAGCGCAGUAGAUUAUGGUAUUACAAAGACGUUCUUAAAAAACUGCGUGAAAAUCUAGGAUGCAAUAAUAUUGAAGGAAUAAUGCUUGAUCCUCCAGAACAAGAGGAAGUAAACUGGAAUGGUACGGCCUUUGAGAAGAUGAAUAAUAUUAGAAUUCUUGUUGUUCGAAAUGUUCAAUUUUCAACUGGCCCUACCUAUCUUCCUAAUAGUUUAAGGUGGCUUGAAUGGGAGGGAUACCCUUCUGCAACUUUGCCAAAAGAUUUUUAUCCUUCAGAGCUAAUUUUCUUGAAGUUGCCUAGAAGCUCUUAUAGACUAAGAGAGCCAUGCAAGGUUGUUACUAGCUACGUGACCCAUUUGGAUUUUUCAUUUUGUGAAUUCAUAACUGAGGUACCUGAUAUAUCUCAAUGUCAAUGUUUACGAAGAUUGGGUUUGGCAUUCUGUGACAAUCUGAUAAAAGUUCAUGAUUCAUUGGGAUCCCUCCCCAAGUUGAUGAUUUUAGAUGCAAGAAAAUGCACCAAACUUUCUAUUUUUCCACGUGAAAUGAAGAUGGCAUCACUUGAAGAUCUUAUUCUUACAGCAUGCGAGAGUCUUGAGUACUUCCCGCAUGUCGUGGGAAAGAUGGAUGCACUAAAGCUGAUUUCAAUAGAUGGCACUGCUAUUAAGGAGCUUCCGCCUUCACUUGAAAAUCUUUCAGGGAUUCGAUAUAUAUAUAUGUCCUCCUGCACAAGUCUUGGGGAACUUCCAACCAGCUUAUUCAGGUUGCCAACUCUGGAGGUUCUUGAUUUCGGGGGCGUUCAUCCUCAUAGCAGAAGGUCUUGGAUGAAGUUAAUGCAAGAUAUGCAACCAAUUGUCGGCACCUGUAAUAUGAAGAGAUUAUAUCUCAUGAAUUGUGGUCUGUUGGAUGAAGAACUUCACCUAAUUCUGAACCGUUUUCGAAAUUUGCGAGAGUUAUAUCUAUCGGGGAAUGACUUUGUGUCACUCCCUAGGUGCAUUAAGGAGUGCACGAAUCUUUGGAAGCUAAACGUGAGUGAUUGCAAGAGGCUAAGAGACAUACCAGAGUUGCCGCCAGAGUUGUUUCAAAUUGAAGCAGUGAAUUGCACAUCAUUGACUGCAGAAUCAUUGGACAACUUAUAUUCUCAGGCAAAAAAGGAGUUGGCUGACUUGACAAUCCAAGUGACAGCAACAACAUUUCCUGAUUGGUUCAACUAUUGCUGCGAAGGUGGCACAUUGUGUUUUCGCGUUCGUGGGAAUUUACCUCGUGGUGUUCUUGCAUUUGAGAUUGCCAGGAAGGCGAACAUGAGCAGGGAAAAGACCCACUUCCCAGUUUUUAUGAGCAUCAACGGUGUCCAAAUAAUGAAACAAGAUUUUGAUUAUAAAUGGCAAAUUCUUGCUCAACAAGGUGACUUGUUAUUAUUGGACGGAUUCAUGCAAUUUACGGAAGAAGAGCAAAGGCACGUGAACAAGUUUAUGGGGUUGGAUUGGAAUGAGGUGAAAAUACAUAUGACUCGCUCACCAGAUACAUCCAUAGCCAAGUGUGGAGUUUAUUUCUACAAGGAAACAAACAUGGAGAAUGUGCAGUUCAAGUCUUCUCAUGCUUCAACAGCCUCACUGGAACAAAGAGUUAUGGCUUCUUCUCCUAAUUAUGAACGACCCAAGAAGAUCCUCAGAACAAACUGAUAUACAGAGGAAAACCCAGUAACACAAAGAAAGGGUCAAGGACACUUAAGUAACACCAUACUUUUCAUUCGUGCUACAAGAGAAAGAUGGUUUUUCCCAAUUAAUAAGCUUUUUUGGAGAUCUCUGUAUCAUUAGUUAUCAAAUAAUUAUUAGACAAUUGUUAGUUACAUGUGGCACUAAAUACGAAUGAAAAUAAUAAAGACUUUAUGAAUGCCCCUUCCCGUUUUAUGUAAAGGGCAUCUGCUUCUAAAAGAUGCUUUUGAUAAUGUUUUUCAAGACAUUUGGCAA